AUGCAUCACCAGGCUUCCCCCCGCCCAGCAUCUCCUCUCACCUCAGGCGCUGAGUCCGGCCCUGACUCAAAGUCCGGCGCCGCCGCUGCCACUGGCUCAUCCGUUGGCCGUCCUUCCUCGCCUUCUACCCCCGGCGGUCCUCGCGCUGCCAUGCGCCGCCGUGCUGCUGCUGAUCACAAGGAGACUUUGCGCAAUGCCCGCCCCAGCUCCACCCGCUCUGCCGGCGCCGGUGGUUCCUCCGGCACUAUGCUCAAGCUGUACACCGAUGAGAGCCCUGGUCUCCGUGUUGAUCCCGUCGUUGUCCUGGUCCUGAGCUUGGGCUUCAUCUUCUCUGUUGUUGGUCUGCACGUCAUCGCCAAGAUCACCCGCAAGUUCUCUGCUUAA